AAAGUGAGGAUUUCUCUUCUCAGUCUCUUUCUGAUUUGACUCCAGAGACAGUUACAUCUGCAAGACAUUUUUGCUUUGAAGAACUGAUACCGUACCCCUCCCCAGGAAACUUAGAGACAUCCUCAGAUGAGGAUAAGUCAAGGACCAGUGGACCGCAAUCAGAAGAGUCUCUGACUCCAGUAGACUCUCAGUGUUUUCAACCCUCUUCAAUUAAACUAAAAGCAGAAAUGACUUCAUCAACCUCUGAUGAGGAGUACAGCAUCCCACCCGGGUAUGCAGAGACCCGUUCUAUCACAACCAUCUAUAUCCACAUGCCUCCAGAAUAUGCAGAAGUUGUGCAUAGUGGUGCAGACAGCCCAACCUUUGAAUACUCUGACCCAGAGCCUUAUUUUGACUGCAAACAGGCUGCAUCAGAUUUCUCAGAGACUGAACCCGAUGAAGCUGGUCCAUGUACUAGGUCAAUUGGAGAUCAGCCCCACGGGCAUCUCAGCCAUCCUACAGUGCUAGAAAAGGUGAAUCAAAGAGUCCUGUUGUCCUCUGGAAGUGAAGAUUAUGAGGAUGCUCCUUCUGUCCAUGAGCCUCUUCAUAAUUUAUAUGAAGAGAACGAAGAAUUAUUACACUAUUCAGAAGCAUCGGAUGAAGAAUUCACCUUGUGUGAGGCUUCACAACCGCCUCCUGUCUGUGAAAUUGGGUCAUAUGAUGAUACUGAUAAAUAUCUGACAAGGGAAAUCACAGCAGAACUCGGAUCAAUGUCAGAAAGUUCAGAUGAUGAAUUUUUGACCACCAGAAUAGUGCGAAGGAGAGUUGUCAUUCAGGCUGAUGAAAUACCUGACCUCCCCACUCAAUCAGUGACAGAAGAAAAGUACAAAGAUGAAAAUGGGCAUCUAGUUGUCAAAAAGGUCACCCGUAAAAUUAUUCGCAAGUGUGUCUCCGUGGACGGUCUGGAGGAUGAACAGGUGUCCUUAGAAGGAGCUCCCCAGGGAUCCAUCAGUAUGGCAGAAGGAGAUGGAUAUUCUAAGGUGAUGAAGCGAACUCUACUGAAGAGUGAUGGAGACUACACAGAGGUAACAUUUGCUGAAUGCGAAGGUUUAUCAAGAUCAAGGCAGGAGACAGCUGAAGGUUGUAAGGUCAGUCGUGUAGAAAGGACAACAGUGGUGGAGGGUGAAAGGACAAUGACACACCAGGGCGAUCCAUCUUUGGCUUCUGACCUUCCCUCAGCCCAAGACGACUUCAAACAGGCACUAGGUUAUAUAAGUGGUUUUAGCAGAACAGAGCUCCCUCAUGUGGUAGAGAGGGAGACUGUCAAAGAAGAUGGAACUGUGGUCAGGAGGGCCCACAUGCGUAAAGGUCGCACCCUCAGACGGACAGUGGUGAAGGGAGCUGGGCAGCGCAAACAGGUCCUUCUAGAGCAAGUGGACGACCCCAGAAAAGGGUCGAAAACACAUGAUCUACAGCAGCAUCUCCACCAGCUCUUUCACCGCUACUACGAAGAAGAAAAGGAGGACAAUGAUGAGGAUGAUGAGGAAGAGUAGAAGAAUGUGUAACACUCUCCCCAGCUCCCCCCUGAUCCUAUGCAUUAGCCACAUGCAAUCCCAGUGUGCACCUCAAAGCUACCACAGUCUUCCCAUUUAAGUCCUGGAAGAUGACCCUUUGUUUACAAUUUGGAGUUUUCUUCCCUGGCUUCUAUUAUGUAUUCAUGAUUUUCUUUCCACGUUCUGAUGUUGUUUUGCCUUUUUGUGACCAAAGAGAGCCUUCUGAUGUUUUCCUGAUUUAUUUUACUUUCCAUGUCAGAAUUGUUUUUGAUAUGUUUGUCUUGAUGCUGUGGUAGAGCAACAACAAAAAGAAAACAGGAAUACAAUUCACAUCAACUAACUCACAAACCUCCUGAAGUCAAAGAACACUUUACCUGCAAAAUACUGGUACUACUCUCUGAGUAGGUGCUUGGACUGAAAGACAAUAUCUCACACUACACUGCCUCUCACAACCAGAGUUUCUCAGAUAUUCCUUGCUUAAAAACUGUCUCACUCACUGUACUAGCCUCUCCGCUCUUUUGAUUCAGGUGGUCAAGAUGUCACACAGAGAAAACCAGACUGUAUCGACACUGAAUUUAAUUGCUGCUGCUGUGUUUUGUGUAGGCUAUGUGUAAUCUGUCUUUGGGAAUUAUAUAUUAUCUAUAAUAUAGACAUUACUGACAUCAGUAGCCUAGGAAUUAAUAAUCACUUGUGUGAAGUAGAGCAGGCAUGACUAAUCAACAUCUGUCAUUAUGAUCCUAGCUUUGACUGCUUUGUAGUUCUAUGGAUUGCCCUUCUGCCUUUCUUUCCCUUCUGUGUGUGUCUUUCUUUCUGUUAUUAUGUUUGAUUCUAUUUGUUUUUUUGGCAUUUUAAAUUGUUGAUCUUUACUCAUACUGUAUGAAUGGUGGAUGUGAGUGAGGCUGUACUGUAGGUACCUUAUGUGUCCAUGCAUGUGUUGAGUUACAUAAUGCAUUGUCAGCUUGUUUGAAGAGGUUUUUGUCAAAAUUAUUUAGUUAUUUUAAGGUGUUUUAUUUUACAGUUUGUUUUUUUUAAUUUUGAGUUUAGUUUACUAGUGAGUAUAGAGGACUUAUUUAAGCUUUGUUUGAAUAUCAGUGAGAAGUUUCUAUCUAUUUAUUGAAUUUGUCACUGGUGACUAAAUCAUCACAGCUAUUUUGGAGACACUUCUCUGAUAUGGCAUUUGUGGUAAGGUGAUCAGGUGUUUUUGCUUUUAUUUCAUGUUUUAAUCUUUUAUUAGGUUAUCUUUUUAACAAGAAAGUGUUGGACCAGGUGUUGGCAGUUGUGUGGUGUGUUUGCGAGUGAACGAGUCUGUGAGUGUAGUAAAAGAGUGUGUGCUAGUGUCAGCAAAGAAAAGAUUUAUUUUACACAAACCGCAUUUGCACUCCUGAAUGUCAGGAGGGAACACCUCCAUGCUUUUAUGCACAGGAUAUGAGAGGUACAAUAUAUCUUAUUCACAGAGAGAGUCUCAUUUUGGCGGGACAGAUGAUAAAAUACAAGAUUACGUUACACGCGUAAUGAAGCAGGUUGAGAGCUUAAAUAUAGCAUUAUUCACAGCUCUGAGCAUCGCUACUGUAUGUAUCUACAACAUGUAAUGUAUUUAUUUCACUAUCACUGUUUACUUUGUGAUUUAGAAAAAUGUAAAAUGCAAACUAGUGGAAGUUCACUGUGACAGGUAUGCUUUUAAUUUAAAUCAGCAUCCCUUUUCUGUGAUGAUGACAGUUAUACACAUAUACAAUGCAUAUAUAAAUAUCUAUAAGGGCAUGUAUUACUGUAUCAAAAUUCAAAAAGACAAAAAAUGGCUGCAGUGUGUCUAUGGCUGAUAGAGAAUAAAAGUCUACAAAUGUA